AUGGACUCUCCCUGGCUUUGCUGUGGUCCUAUGGGACCAUCCACACUACCGCAGUUCACCAUCCUUGCGGGUCUGGCCAUAGAGUGGAUGGAGCCACGGGACCUGGUUGGCUCAGCCCGACCCAAAGAGGCGGAGAUACAAGGGGGAAGACUGGGUCCAAAUGAAGACAACCAGGAAGCGGUUGGAGUCAGUUUGUUACGUCGUGAUGAUGCGAUUAACGGUGCAAUCAGUGAAGGGGAGGGGGUAGAGGAGCAGGGAGAGAACCUGGAGGAGCAGGAGUUCUCCAUCAAGGAGGCAAGUUUCAAAGAAGGAAGCUUAAAGUUAAAGAUUCAGACUACCAAGAGAACCAAGAAGCCCCCAAAGAACCUGGAGAACUAUAUUUGCCCCCCAGAGAUCAGGAUGACCAUCAGGCCUCCAAUGGGAGAGAAGAGUGGUCGACAGAGCCGAACAUCUGGAGCAGGCGCACGAGCCUCAAAGGAUGACGAGAAAGGACCGCCCCGCAAAAGGACAUAUGAACGGCAGUUCAGAAUGCCUGAGCAGAGAGAAGGAAGUCUGCUGCAACUUUUGGGAGAUCCUUCCCCACCCAAGCACCAGCCCAGGGCCGCUCCCCUUCCUCACUCACAGCAGACGCCGCAAUUCAACAGGCACGGGCUUACCCAGGACUGGCUAACAUCGAGUGUGCCCUCCACAAUACUUAACCAUCCCAGUCAACCCGAGCCCCCCAAGACCACUCUGGAUCAGACACAAGCUUUCUCACGCUCCGCUCACAGUCCUUCACCACAGAGAUCUCUAACUCCAGAUCUACAGCUGCCUGUGGUCACAGACGCCAGCAUCCUCAACUUGACGUCUCUCAGCAGGGGAAGAGGCUUGCAAGAGGUCAGUGAGCAGCUCUUUGGGAACAUCAAGAAGAGGUAUGGCAGGAGGGAGUCCCAGAAGAUGCCAGCUAAUCCUCAGUGUGGUGAAACCUCUUGGGAGAAGCAGCCAGGAAAAGACAGCCCAGCUCAUUCGGAGGAGAGGUCAAAAUACCGACACGAACACAUAGACUCAUCACAUCUGCGGCAAGAUGGCGACUCCACCGAGAAACAUCAAAGUGGCCCGCCAGAUCCAAAAGUAGCACACAAGAACGACCCGCAAAAGAACGAAACGCACUUGACAAGUAACAGGGAUGGAAGUGGAUGGAAGUUGUCACCACCGCGUCUUCUGGCUAAUUCACCAUCACAUCUAUCUGAAGGGGCAUCUGUGAAGGAGGUGACCCUAUCCCCCAUCAGUGAAUCUCACAGUGAGGAGACCAUUCCGAGCGACAGUGGGAUUGGUACUGACAACAACAGUACCUCAGAUCAAGCAGAGAAGGGACCAGCCUCAAGACGCAGGUAUUCCUUUGACUUGUGUGGAUAUGAGACUCCCGAGGCAGCAGCUCUUGACGCCUCCAGCAGAGAUCGCAGGACGCACUGUGAGCUGCAGGUGACUUCAGCGGAUAACUUCCUCACACAGCAGGAGAAGAAACAGAAACAUCAUCGGAGAAAGAGGAAGUGCUUACAGACACGCGAUCAUCUGCACUUUCUGGCAGAAUUAGAAGAGGUCGUCUUGAAGUUGCAACAAUUAAGAGUAUCUCACAGACGAUACACUUGCUACCCACAGCAUCCUUAUCCCUCCAUAUUCCGGCUAAAUUUCCACCAUUUCUACCCUAUGACCUAUGACUCCUACCCAUGUGAGCCAAGCCCCUACAUGCGCCGCAGUGUUGAGUUGAAGGCAAAAAGGAGACGUGGUCGUCCAGCCAAAGCCAGCGAGCCAAUCACUUCAAAGCUGCCUUUUGUACAGGGGUAUGGCUAUCCUCUAGCUGGAGGCAAUUACUAUGCUGCACCCUAUGCCAUGCCUUAUGCUCCCCCUAUGGGGCUUGGAUAUUUCUCUCCAGCACCACCAUUUUACCUUCCCCACCCCUCCCUUGGACCAGGACCUUCAUCGCCCUUCAUGAGGCCAGCGGUCCCCCCACCAAAAGCUUACCAUUCUACGGGCCACUCAAAUCUCUCAAAUCAUCAGCCGGGGACCAAGCUCCAUGGAGCAGCUGGUUCAAUGCAAGGGCCUUCAGUGAGAACUGAGAGCUUAGGCAAUAGCAAUGCAGGUGGUCUUCGCCUUCACAAGAGGAAACACAAGCACAAACAUAAGCACAAAGAUGAACCGUUGCUGUCUCCACGCAACCACCAGGAUCUGGGUGGACUCUUCAGUGGAGCCAAAGCAAAUGCACGCAUGAACAUGAUCUCAGACAGGAGAGACUUCAGUCAGGGCUUGUCCAAGCCACUGGAAAAGCAGAAAAACAGUGCACCAAGCUUUGGAGCAUUUGGGGAUGACUCGACUCAGCAACCCUCUCACCCUCUCCUGUACAACCAGUUCCACCUGUGUCAAACUGGACAACCAAUCAAAAGCUUCUUGAACAGCUACAGUAGUGAUUCACAGCAACCAGAGACAGCUCAUGACCUUUUUCUGGGGUCACAAAGGGAAUGCAAUGGAAGAAACAAGAAGUCAAGGUUCAACCUCUUUGGAGAUCAAGGCCUCACGUCAUUUCACGCAACAACGCAGCAGCAACAGAGCAAGUGUGUCAGAAGCUCACUCACAGGUGCUGCUGGUAAGCGGAGAUACAAGCGUCGUGAAGUGGAGCAGAUCCAGAAUAAUGCAAGAAGGAUGCAUUCACUAAACUUUGAACAUGUGCAGAAGAUUCUCCGUGCCAAGCGCCUACAGCGCCAAGCCAAAACAGGAAACAAUGUCAUCAAGAGAAGACCAGGACGACCCAGAAAGCAGCCUUUAGAGUCUGUGGUGGCCAAUGAGCUGGAGCAAGGCUUGGACCUGUUGUCUGAGAGCAGAGCUGAUGGGAGGACACUGGGGAUGCCUGUACUGGAGAGGUGUGAUGACCUGCCAGGCAGGCCGAGUGUCAGGCCCAGUCUGAUCCCAGAGGCACUGGAAUUUUCCAAUCACGACUCAAUUGCAGCCACAAUAGAGACAGUGGUCCAUCAGGCCACUUCUGUACCUCCAGCCAAAGUUGGGAAACGUAGGGGCAGAGCCCACAGUCGGGACGACUUGUGGGCACCGUCUAGUCAGUAG